AUGGCGCGAGGUUCCUUCACCACUUCCUCUAAAAAGCGAAAGCGCUCAACGCGCAAGCCGUAUGAAGACAGAGGCAAGAUCGUCGCCUCUCUCGGAUACUCCUACACUGACGCCGCUUUUGACAAGUGGCGAGACUCAUCGCUCGUCAAACCGUGGUGGGAAGUCUUCGCCAGCAAGUUUCUGAAGACAGAUCUCUACAAGCCUGGUAAUAGCGUUCCCACCUUCGACGAUCUCUAUGCACGCAUCCGGGACGAUGAGUGGCGCGGCCGCAUAGGAUCCCUUGGACAGACGCAUUUUCCGAGACUCGUCGUGGAGAACACUGGCGACCGCGAGGGGUGUUUCUACUAUUGGGCAAGAGAAGACGUGGAAACCGUAUUCCGAACAGCUUACCACUACAUCCUGUUUGCAAAAUGGGAGCGCGCAACAGCACUCACGAGAUCGAAAUCCACGAGAUCAGCAAAGGCGAAUCCAAAGGCGACUACUGCACGUAACCCGGCGCCUUCAUCAGACGACUCGGAUGCUGGAGAGUGCGAACCAACACUAGGGCUUGCGUGCGUGCGGUGGACUGAAGGUCGACCUUUGGGCGCGCUUACAGCGAUUGAGAUCGAAUCGUUUCGUAGCUAUAGCUUGAAGGACUUCCUGGGAGAGAUCAACCGGCGUUUUGGGCUCAGUAACCGCAAACAGCGUUGUAAGGCGCUGGUAGCUGAGGACAGCCAGGCACGCCCGGCAAAGUAUGAAGUGGUCAUCUUCACGCUGGAGACUGAGGAUAUCGAGGUUCCGGAGGAGAAGCUCAGCGGCGAUGACAGGGUGUUCCGAUAG